AAUUCAUUCGUUCCUGCAAAUCUCCCUCACCUCUCGCCUCCAUAUCUCUAUCUUUCUCACACACGUUUGAGUGCGUCUAUCUUGGGAAAAUGGGGAUCCCGACGGAGUCUGAACAAGAACACAAGGCUUCUACAGAGAGCACAACAGCAGAGAAAAAGCGGUGGACUCUCAAUGACUUCGACAUAGGAAAGCCUCUUGGUAGAGGGAAGUUUGGACAUGUAUAUCUCGCAAGGGAAAAGAAGAGCAAUCACAUUGUAGCAUUAAAGGUGUUGUUUAAGAGCCAGCUGAAACAGUCUCAGGUUGAGCAUCAGCUUCGUCGUGAAGUCGAAAUACAGAGCCAUCUUCGACAUCCUAACAUAUUACGGCUCUAUGGUUACUUUUACGAUCAGAAACGAGUAUAUCUGAUUCUGGAAUACGCCGCCAAGGGAGAACUCUAUAAAGAGCUACAGAGGUGCAAAUACUUCAGUGAGAGACGUGCUGCAACUUACAUUGCAUCAUUAGCUCGAGCACUCAUAUAUUGUCAUGGCAAACACGUAAUACAUAGAGAUAUUAAACCAGAGAAUCUUUUGGUUGGAGCACAGGGUGAACUCAAAAUUGCAGAUUUUGGAUGGUCUGUGCACACAUUCAACCGUAGACGGACUAUGUGCGGCACUCUAGAUUAUCUUCCACCGGAGAUGGUGGAGAGUGUCGAGCAUGAUGCUAAUGUGGACAUAUGGAGCCUCGGUGUCUUAUGCUAUGAAUUUCUCUACGGGGUGCCCCCUUUUGAAGCAAAGGAGCAUUCAGACACAUAUAGAAGGAUUGUUCAGGUGGAUCUAAAAUUCCCUCCCAAACCUAUCGUCUCAGCAGCUGCAAAAGAUCUUAUUAGUCAGAUGCUUGUAAAGGAUUCAUCAAAGCGUCUUCCACUACACAAACUGCUAGAGCAUCCAUGGAUCGUGCAAUAUGCAGAUCCCUCUGGCGUUUAUAGGGGUUGAUUGUUUCUCUGGUCUGCGUCAAUCAAAAAACUUAGUCCUCUAACCUGCCUGCCAUUCUUAUUGUUGUGUUCACAUUGAUGUAAAAUAUGAGCUUGAGUUGUGUCUGCUAGACGAAUGUCCAUCGUUAACGGGAUGUAGUUUCUGCAGUUGGAUGGAUCGUAACUCCAUCUUUAUAAGGGAAUCAUGUUGUUACAACUUACUGUGCUGCUGCUAAGCCAACCUCUUCUUAAAUUACCCUGGAUGCUAGCCAUCGAAAAAAAAAAUUAUUACGAUGGAAAUGGUAUUAUUUGUUUUUCUGUUC